CCGAUUGAAUGGUAUUCACUCUACAGUAGCGGGGAGUCGCAUCGCUGUGAUUUGAUUCUCGACCAGUCCUCUGUGCACUCUUACUGGCGUUGACUGAUACAUAGAGCGGAGCAAACGGACAACAUUUAGCGCGAGUAUCUGCUGUCAUGAGAAAAAGCACGCAACAAUUUCACUCGGGUUACGUGGAAACCGGCGCCGACGCCACUGAAGGAAGGUGGGGCGGAAAGUAAGAUAAGUGAGGUGUUUGUUUAGCCCCCUCUGUCCGCUGCCACCAUGUUUAGAAACCGCUUGAAGAUGCUGCUGGCGGGGGGCAAGACCAACAAGAAGAGCCGCAACAGCAGCGAUGGAGGGAACGAGGAAACAUUCGAUCUACCGACUUCCAGCCUGGAUCCCCUGCACAACUUCACUGGACAAGGUGGCAGUAUAGACAGUGACUGUGCCUUUGAGGCUGACUACGCAAUACCUCCCAUCUCCAUGGCUGAGGGGUUGCAGCACAUUCAUAUGAUGGAGGGGUCAUCUCGCUCUCUCCCCUCAUCGCCUCUACUCACCCACCAGAUCGUCAGCUCAAGACUGCCGCCCAUGAGGAAGGUCUUCGUCACAACCACAGGGGGGUUAGGUCCAGAGCAAGGCCCCCCUCCCUCUGUGGAUGAGGCAGCAAACACUUUGAUGACUCGCCUUGGCUUCCUACUGGGAGAUAAAGUGAGCGAGAGGUCUCAAGGGCUGCAGUACAGCAUGGAGGAGCCUGAUGAUGCACAGGGUUUAGGAGCCAGUGGGAGGAUGACUCCGUGUUCCACUCUGACCAGCAGUACCGCUUCUCCUCCCGCCUGCAGUCCCUGCUCCACACUCCCUCCAGCUGCUCCGGGACAGGCUGUCACCAGUCCCACAUCCACCCUGGAGAGCAGAGACAGCGGCAUUAUCGCCACCUUGACCAGUUACUCAGAGCCCGCAGACAGGAGCGGGAAGCACAGCGAUGGUUCUCGAGGCAGCAGCCUGAAGCUCUGGCACUCACACAGAUCCACGCUGGACUCCAGUUUGUACCGUGUGGAUGAGAACAUGGCCGCCUCCACCUACAGCCUCAACAAGAUCCCUGAGCCAAGCUCCACCCACUAUUCCUCUCAUUCCACCCCCCUCUACCUCAUGCCCCGCCCAAAUUCUGUGGCAGCCACGAGUUCUGCCCACCUCGAGGACCUGGCCUACUUGGAUAAGCAGAGACACGCCCCCAUGCGCACCUCCCUGCGCAUGCCCCGACAAAACAUGGCUAUGGGCCGCUCUGGGCAGGACCUGAGAGCUUCCGCUAACACCCAUGCCUGGCAGUCACAGUCACUGCGAUUCACUCCGUACAGACUGCAGGAUAUAGCACUAAAGCCCUUGCUUUUCGAGGUGCCCAGUAUCACCAUGGACUCUGUGUUUACUGGCCGCGAUUGGCUCUUCCAGGAGAUUGACGCCUACCUGCGCACCUCCCACUCUGCCACCAACUUUGGCGUGGUCCUGGUAGGCAACAUCGGCUAUGGCAAAACUGCCAUCAUCUCACGCCUCGUGGCUCUCAGCUGCCACGGCAACCGCAUGCGACAGAUCGCCUCAGACAGCCCACAUGCGUCACCCAAACAUGGCGACAGUAUCCCUCUCACACAGUCGCAGCCCUCACAUGGUACACUGGGAGGAGGAAGUUGCCCUGGAACUCCAGAAAUGAGGAGGAGACAGGAGGAGGCCAUGAGGAGGCUUGCGUCACAGGUUGUAGCGUAUCACUACUGUCAAGCAGAUAAUGCCUACACCUGCCUGGUUCCAGAGUUUGUGCACAAUGUGGCAGCACUGCUGUGUCGUUCACCACAGCUUGCUGCGUACAGAGAGCUGCUGUUGAAAGAGCCGCACAUACAGAGUAUGCUCAGUCUGCGCUCCUGUGUUCAAGAUCCGCCAACUGCCUUCAGACGAGGGGUGCUCGAUCCACUGGAUGCACUUUAUAAAGAGAGGAAGAUCACUCCAGAUGAAGACCUCAUCAUCCUCAUUGACGGUCUGAAUGAGGCUGAGUUCCACAAACCAGAUUAUGGUGACACCAUCGUCUCUUUCCUCUGCAAAACCAUCAGCAAGUUCCCAGCCUGGCUCAAACUGGUGGUUACUGUCAGAACCUCCCUGCAGGAAAUCACCAAAACUCUCCCCUUCCACCGGAUCUCUCUGGAUGCUCUGGAGGAAAAUGACGCCAUUGACCAGGAUCUGCAGGGUUACAUCCUGCACCGCAUCCACAGCAGUGCCGAGAUCCAGAACAAUAUCUCCCUUAACGGCAAGAUGGACAACACCAGCUUCGGCAAGCUCAGUUCCCACCUCAAGGCUCUCAGUCAGGGCUCCCUUCUUUACCUGAAGCUCACCUUUGACCUGAUCGAACGUGGUUAUCUGGUCCUCAAAAGCUCCAACUACAAGGUGGUCCCAGUUAGCCUAGCUGAAGUCUACCUUCUGCAAUGUAACAUGCGCUUCCCCACGCAGUCGUCCUUCGAAAGGGCCCUGCCGCUGCUCAACGUCGCCCUGGCCUCGCUGCACCCUCUUACAGAUGAGCAGAUCUACCAAGCCAUCAACGCCAGUUCUGUGAAGGGCACUCUGGAAUGGGAAGACUUCCAGCAGAGGAUGGACAACCUGUCAGUGUUUCUGGUGAAAAGACGUGAUGGAACACGCAUGUUUGUGCAUCCUUCCUUUAGAGAGUGGUUGAUUUGGAGAGAAGAAGGGGAGAAGACCAAGUUCCUUUGUGAUCCCAGGAAUGGCCAUACUCUUCUAGCUUUCUGGUUCUCCAGACAAGAGAACAAACUAAACAGGCAGCAGACAAUUGAGUUGGGUCACCACAUACUUAAAGCACACAUCUUCAAGGGCCUGAGUAAGAAGGUCGGGGUUUCCUCAUCUAUCUUGCAAGGGCUUUGGGUGUCAUACAGUACUGAGAGUUUAUCUACUGCUCUUUCAUCGUUGAGAAACCUUUAUACCCCAAACAUAAAGGUGUCACGACUACUCGUUUUGGGUGGGGCUAAUGUGAACUACCGUACGGAGGUUUUGAACAACGCUCCAGUGCUGUGCGUCCAUGCUCAUUUGGGCUACGUAGACUUGGUGAAUGUGCUGCUGGAAUAUGGGGCCAGUGUAGACUCGGCAUCUGAGAACGGCCUCACUCCUCUUGGCUAUGCAGCUGCCGCUGGACACCUGGGGAUAGUUACUGCCCUCUGCAAGAGGAAAGCAAAGCUUGACCACUUGGACAAAAAUGGUCAGUGUGCCCUAGUGCAUGCUGCUCUUCGUGGGCACCUGGAGGUGGUGAAGUUCCUCAUUCAGAGUGACUGGGGCUCUGGAGGGCAUCAGACAAAGCUCCAGACCCCCUCCCCUACACUAUCACAGGACACGCCCUCUCCAACACAGGCCACGUCCUCUCCCACAUCACAGGCCACACCCUCCCCCACGGAGGCCAUGCCCCAGCAGUCCCAGCCCUCAAGCCCCGAGCAGACCAAGCAACAGGUUGAUUCGCCACAAACAACGGAGGAGUCCGAACAGGAGGCUGAGCCUCAGACGGAGGAACAGCAAGAGUCUCCAGAGGAGACAGGACAACAGACACAAGCACAGACUCAGCAACAUACAUCAUCACAACCAGUGACCUUCAACAAGAAUAUUGCAGUGCAGCAGGCUCUUAUAGCAGCAGCCAGCAUGGGUUACACAGAGAUUGUAUCUUAUCUCUUGGACUUGCCUGAGAGGGAUGAAGAGGACACACAACGUGCCCAGAUUAACAGCUAUGAUACUCUGUGGGGAGAGACAGCACUGUCAGCAGCAGCAGGACGGGGCAAGCUGGAGGUUUGUCUGCUUUUAUUGGAACAGGGCUCUUCUGUGGUCCAGCCCAACCAGAGAGGGUUGGUGCCACUCUUCAGCUCUGUGCGUCAAGGGCACUGGCAGAUUGUGGACCUCUUAUUGACCCAUGGGGCAGAUGUAAACCUGGCUGAUAAACAGGGGCGUACUCCACUCAUGAUGGCUGCCUCAGAGGGACACCUGGACACGGUGGAGUUUUUACUGGCUCAGGAUGCAUCUGUUGAUCUUAUGGAUAAGGAGGGGCUGACUGCGCUCAGCUGGGCAUGUUUGAAAGGGCAUCUUUCUGUGGUUCGCUGCUUGGUGGAAAGGGGUGCGGCCACAGAUCAUGCUGAUAAAAAUGGAAGGACGCCUCUCGAUCUGGCUGCCUUCUAUGGAGACUCAGAAGUGGUGCAGUUCCUGGUGGAUCAUGGGGCUUUGAUAGAGCAUGUGGACUACAGUGGGAUGCGUCCUCUAGAUCGAGCUGUGGGCUGUAGAAACACAUCAGUGGUGGUCGCCCUGCUUAAGAAAGGAGCCAAAAUCGGAUGUCAAACGCUGCCGAGUCGGCACAAAGGAGGUCCUGCCACCUGGGCCAUGUCGACAUCUAAACCGGACAUCAUGAUUAUCCUACUGAGUAAACUUUUGGAGGAGGGAGAUGGCUUCUACAAGAAGGGUAAAGUGAAGGAAGCAGCUCAGCGCUAUCAAUAUGCUCUCAAGAAAUUUCCCCGUGAAGGAUUAAGUGAAGACCUAAAGACCUUUAAAGAGCUCAAAGUGUCUUUGUUCCUGAACCUGUCUCGCUGUCGGAGGAAAACGAAUGACUUUGGAAUGGCAGAAGAGUUUGCUACCAAGGCCCUGGAGCUGAAGCCUAAAUCAUAUGAAGCUUACUAUGCUAGAGCCCGUGCCAAGCGUAGCAGCAGGCAAUUUGCUGAGGCACUAGAAGAUCUGAGGGAAGCCAUAAAGCUGUGUCCCAACAAUCGUGAGAUCCAGCGCCUUCAUCAGCGUGUGGAGGAGGAGUACAGACAAGUUACACAACCAGAGGAGCCAGAGCUCGAACCUCCUCCAUCUCCACCUCCAUCUCCCUUACCAGUGGAGGAGGAUGAGGAGCCCCCUCAUCAUACUCCUCCGCCUGAGCCAAGACUAGAUGACAUGGAACCUGUCCAGGACUUGUUUGAAGAUGAUGAUUUCUUGGAACAAGAGCUAGAGGCUGUGUCUCUUGGCCUUGCCACUGAUAUUCGCUCAAACACCUCCAGCCUGGCGAUUUUACAUAGCCCUCCCCUUUCUCCAGCCCAUCAUGACAUGGGUUACCUAUCUGGUGGGCAGGCUUUUGAGUUCCACCCAAGCUCCUCCUCAAUGUCAUCCCCUACCCAUCAUAGUUACCAGUCCACCUCCCCUUGCAUCUCCCCUACACAUCAAAACUCCCACUACCGCCAGAGUCCACCCCACACCUCACCUGCCCAUCAAUCCUCCUACCGGUUUAGCCCUCCACCCAUAGGCAGUGGAGGGAACCAGGGGAUGGACUAUCAGAGUCCUCCACCCUCUCCUCUUCGGCGUGGGUUUCCAUUCAGGGCUAGCCCUCCAGUGGAGAGUGUUUGUUUGUAUCGAUCCCAGUCUGGCUCUCCAGUCCGUUACCAGCAGGAGCCUCUCCCUAGCCGACCUAAAUCGCCACUGUUGAAGAUGAGCAGCCAACGCUCCUUCCAGCUCCAAUCACAGCCUUCAGAAAGCUCCCAGUCCAGCCAGCACCACCAGGCUCAGGGUCUCCGCCUACAGCCCUCUAUGGCACAGAUUAUCCGCACUAACCAGCCCAGUAACAAUGUAUUCAGCCAGCUGGCUCACCCACUCAGCAGCAGGUACCAGGGUAGUUCCAUGGAAGUUGACAGGGAACGAGAGCGGGGGGCCAGGCUGGUGUACCAGCCCUCCUUGGAUGGCCGGUCCAUGUCUCAAGUGCAAUCCAGCCUUAGUGUUGGGGCACUCUGUCAGCAUGGAGGCCGAAGUGGACCUGGUGGGGUUCUAGAAACAAACUUGGGGAAAGAAGAACUCCCCCAACGCCCUGCUUCAGCCUACCGUUCCACCACAGGGGGACCUGGAGGCAUGCGCUUCAGCCAAACCCCCCAGAUCAGUCGCAGUCAGUCAGCGGCAUACUACCCUGUCUCGAAGCAUGAACUUGAGAGGGCAGUGGCAGCCUCCGCUCUGCCAUCUUGCCAACUAGGCUCUCCCGAGAUCCCUCAGCUUAUGCGCAGACCUAUCAGUGCCAACACUAGUGACCUAAAGCAGCAUGUACAACCCCCUAGACCACUGAUCCACUCCCAGAGUGUAAAUCUUCGCUUCUCCCCCUCUAGCACUAAUAUCUCCUCAGGCUCCAGCUGCAAUCUAGCCCCUGGCUUCAGAACCUCCUCCAUGGCCCAAAUGGAAAUCCCAUUGCAAGCUGCAUAUGACCGAAGCUUUGACGAACCAUCUGCCCUGUCGCCCUCUCAGAGCGGGCUCUUCGCAGGAGAACCCGCUCGAUCCCGGACCACCCCGUUCAUGGGCGUCAUUGACAAGACUGCAAGGACUCAGCAGCAGUACCUUCACCAGCCUUCCCGUGCUUGGCCUGUGGAAUCAGUAAUCACUAGCCCCACAUCACCUGGCAAUUUAAUCCACCAGGCUUCCACUGCUUCCUCAUACAGCCCACCCACUUCUUUAGGCAAUAUCGCCUACUACAAUAAGACCAAUAAUGCCCAGAAUGGACAUAUGCUGGAGGAGGAAUUUUAUGCCCAAUCACAGCCCUCCUCCCUGGGAAAGCUCGCCAAUGGAGGGGCCCGUGAUCGAGACCUCCUGGAACGGGUGAGCCAGGUGCCCACAUACCAGGAUGUUAAAGUGGCACGGACAAUGCCUGUUGCACAGGCUUACCAGGAGAACAUGUACCGCCAGCUUUCCCGUGAUUCCAGACAAGGUCCCACCUCGCCCAUCAAACCAAAGAGACCCUUUGUGGAGUCAAACGUUUAAU